AUGGAAGAAGACGCUGCCUUUUAUGCCCGUUUAAACUGCACGAUAAACAGCUCGGCGGAUGUGCUGGGGUUUGUGGACCAGAGUGAUCCCGGCUAUCUGACCCGGAGAUAUAACCAUAUCAGCAUUCUGCUCAUUUUGGCCGGUUUCGGUGUGGUACUCAAUGCCAGCAUGAUUGCGAUCCUGCUGAAGAGUCCCAUGUACCGUCAUUCGACAUUGAGCGUACUGCUGAUGCAGUUGUUUGCGGCUAAUUUGCUGGUGUCGGUGUUCUGUCUACUGGCCGACGGGAUCUGGAACAUCACCGUGCAAUGGUUGGGCGGAGAUUUUCUCUGCAGAAUCAUCAAGUUUUGCCAGAUGUUCAGUUUAUACGCCACCAACUUGAUUCUCACCGGAAUGAGCAUUGAGACUUGCAUUACCGUGACCUUUCCGCUAACUAAAUCCAGUAAGGUGGAGAGUCAAUCCCGGGUGAAAAUCAUCGGCGGAUCUGCAUGGAUCGUGUCGGCACUGUGCAGUGUACCUCAGGCGGUGAUUUUCCAUACGGAGCGCGCCCCAAUUUGCGCCAGAUUCCAUCAGUGUGUUACGCACGGCUUCUACUCGAGCACCGACCAAGAGCUCGCCUACACCAUGGCCACCCUCAUCAUCAUGUGCUUGCUUCCGUUGUGCAUUGUUAUUAUCUGCUAUUUGGUGAUUUCCGUGGUCAUUACACAGGAAUCACGGAUUGCGGUCGGAAGUCCUAAUCCUGCCGUUAAUUCGCGAACGUGCCCGUGUCAGUGUCACCUAGAAGAAACCAGCACUUUCAUGCCUAAUGUGCAGAAUACCGCGAUGCUCUGUCCGGGCAGAACGAGUCAGGGAAAACGGAUAUACCGGAAAACCCGACAGAUAUCCUUGUGGAUGACUUUCAUUACGGCUGCCAGCUUUGUUAUGUGCUGGGGUGAGUUUGAGCAGUACGUAUAA